CAGGAAUCUCUUCGUUCUUUUUUGUGACUUCCGCACCAAGUCAAAAGAGCCGGUCUCCUCCUGCUAGUGUGGUGCCACAUCCUCGCUGAGAUCUCUCCACUGACCAGUACAUCUUCUCAUCAUCCCCCCUCCCCCCGGAGCUGUGUCAGCGGCCUCACAUCGCACUGCUUCGCUGGUUGGCAGCAGCUCCUCUUGCACCGAGCCAGGAUGAAUGACGUCCAGGAGGCCACCUCCCCUGCAACCAGCCUCAGCGGACCAGCUACCUGUGUCUCCAAAGUGGAGCUGCGUGUGUCUUGCAAAGCUCUGCUGGACCGAGACACACUGAAUAAAUCAGACCCAUGUGUCAUAGUAAUGGUGCAGACCAACGGACAGUGGACAGAGCUGGACAGGACAGAAGUGAUCAAGAGCAACUUGCACCCGGUCUUUGCCAAGGUUUUCUCUUUGGACUACUACUUCGAGGAGGUUCAGAAGCUGCGGUUCGAAGUCUACGACAUCCAUGGCACCCACAGCAUCGGCACCCGGGACGACGACUUCCUCGGUGGGGUGGAGUGCACCCUCGGCCAGAUCGUGGCCCAAAAGAGGAUGGUGAAGCCUUUGCUGCUGAAGUACGGGAAAUACGCCGGCAAAUCCACCAUCACGGUUCACGCUGAGGAAAUUUCUGGCAACAACGGAUACGUGGAGCUCUCCUUCUGUGCCAAGAAGCUCGAUGAUAAGGAUCUCUUCAGUAAGUCAGACCCAUUUUUGGAAAUAUACAGAAUCAACGACGACGAGACCGAACAGCUCGUGCACAGAACUGAGGUGAUUAAAAACAACCUGAACCCUGUGUGGGAGCCCUUCAAAGUGUCGCUCAUCUCACUGUGCAGCUGUGAUGAGGACCGUAAGCUCAAGUGCCUAGUGUGGGAUUAUGACUCCAGGGGGAAGCACGAUUUCAUUGGCGAGUUCUACGCCACCUUCAGGGAAAUGCAGAAAAUCUCCAGUGGAAAUAAGGUGACGUGGGAUUGUAUGAAUCCCAAGUACAAACAGAAGAAGAGAAACUAUAAAAAUUCAGGAGUUGUCAUCCUCAGUGACGUUAAGCUCCACAGAGUGUAUUCCUUCUUAGAUUACAUCAUGGGAGGAUGCCAGAUUCAUUUUACGGUUGCCAUUGACUUCACAGCCUCCAAUGGAGACCCCAGGAACAGCUGCUCAUUGCACUACAUCAACCCGUACCAGCCCAACGAGUACCUGAAGGCUCUGAUAGCAGUGGGCGAGAUCUGUCAAGACUACGACAGUGACAAAAGAUUUUCAGCUUUGGGGUUUGGUGCCAGAAUCCCUCCAAAUUAUGAGGUGUCGCAUGACUUUGCCAUUAAUUUCAACCCCGAGGAUGAUGAAUGUGAAGAGAUCCAGGGGGUGGUUGAAGCCUACCAGAACUGUCUCCCCAAGAUCCAGUUGUACGGCCCAACCAAUGUCUCUCCCAUCAUUAACAGGAUAGCCAAGCUGGCAGCAGGCGACGGCAACAUUAAAGAUGCCUCUCGAUACCACAUCCUGCUCAUCCUCACGGAUGGUGUGGUGACAGACAUGGCCGACACGCGUGAAGCCAUUGUGCGAGCCUCCUACCAGCCUCUCUCCAUAAUCAUUGUCGGUGUGGGCAACGCAGACUUCACAGACAUGCAGAUUUUGGACGGCGAUGAUGGGGUCCUCCGCUCACCAAAGGGAGAGCCAGUCCUCCGGGACAUUGUGCAGUUUGUGCCCUUCAGAGACUUCAAAACGGCUUCUCCCGCAGCCCUGGCCAAAUGUGUUCUGGCAGAGGUUCCCAAGCAAGUCGUGGAGUACUACAGCCAUAAGGCCAUCUCCCCCAUGUGCCCGAUAAGGGAAACACUUACACCAAUCCUCAGCCUGGUCGCCACCACCCCGACAGAAUAACCACGCCCCCCUGUUCCAUGGGACCCAGCUUUGACCACAGCUCCAGUCUGACAAACGGAGAGGGAGAGAGGGCACGUGCCUCACCGCUUUGGACGAGAAGUGAAGAGAAAAAUCUUUCUACAUGUGUUGUUGCUCAUUUAUUUCACUUUCACUCCUAACAAAGUGUUUAUACAAGAACAGUGUGUCAGCGACUGUAGGUUAUGUUUCUCUGCUCCCGCACUUCUCCCGUGCUGUGUAUACUGACCCUCCAAGCUGUUUCACGAUCAAGAAUCCUUAAUUAGGAUUUGCUUUCCCCCUUUUUAUGCAUGCAAGCCAAUCCCUCAGUGCUGAUCCAUACGUUGGACGCAGGCUUAUUAUUCCUUACUGCUGAUGGAAUUCUUCACCUCAACUAUGUGUAUUAUGUUACUUUUUUAUUAUCUUUUAACGAUGUACUGUACAGAAAAUUGCAGAAGUGAAUCACAGGAAGUAUAAAGAAGAAGUGUUGCCUUUCUAACUUUGGACAUCCACCUUCUAAAGUGUCUCUGGCUGUAGAAUUGGUGUUAUUUUGGAAUACAGACACUAUUUCCAGACAUGCAAAGAUCACAAUUUCAAAUUUCAGCAUGUCACGAUUUGACACUGGAGCAGAGUGAAUGCAAAUUCAAAAAUGAACUGAUUACCCUUAAUGUAUUCAGGUGAGAAAACAGCAGCUAUGGAACUAUGGAAAUAUGGUAAUACGACUCAGUUCUUAUGCGUCCCCCACCUCAGACCUGUUCAUCUUGUGCGUCUGUGACACCGUGUGCGACAUAAUUACGUUAACAAUGUGUGCAAUUUGCUUCAGCUCGCGUUCUUCAUACGCUUUUUAGGUACGUCUAACAAGUGACAGGCAGACAGAGGACACAGUCAGGUCAUCAGCGUGCAGGAUGAAGUGGAAGAUGUCUUUGGGUCGCGCUGCAGUGACAAAAGGUUGCGAGCAGCUCUUUUCACUGAGGUUAGCUGAGAAAAGAAGAUGAUUGAUCAAACACUAUUUCUGGUCUUUUGUCUAGUGGCCAAGAUGAAAGUCGUGAAAAUCAAGAACCCUUUGUUCUUUAUUGUCGUCAUCCCUAAGCCACUCAUCUUGCACGUAGCAUUCUGCAGUAUAUUUCAUUAUUUUCUGCCAUUUCUACUGCUUUGUACACAGCUUCAUACAUGUAAUAUAACUCAUACUCAGUAUUUUGUAAGAAAUUUGACUGGCGAGCAUACAAAUUCAAUCAUAUGAACAGACAAAACCACCACAGUAAGAGCCUUAACACAUUAUUUAUAGUGGUUAUUUUCAUAAGAAAGUAUAAAAUAUUUGCUCUUCGGUGCAAAUGUGCAUCUUCAGAACAAACUGUUCUGUGAAUCUAUUAUUUUAACGCGAGCCUGAAGGAUCGUUGUUUACUGAAAAGUCAGCAUGAGUUAUUUUUCUGCUGUUCUAUAUGCUUUACAACGCUCCUCAUAUUUAAAUUCUAUAACCUUCACUCCUACUUACCUCGUCAGAUUGUCUCCACAGUGUUCAGAGUGUAGUCUGUAACGAGUCAGAAUUUGGCCUCUGUUAAUGAGAAACAGAAGCUCUCACUGAAACCAGAAAGUCCAUUUGCAGUCUAAGACGCUGUUUUCAUUCUAAAUACCUGCAUGAAAAACUAGCAUCUAAUUAUUAUGAUUAUGAAAGAAGAUGUGAUGUGUCCAAGUCACAUGUAAUUACAUUGUCCUGAAAGACAAAAGAGUUGGAUGGAUGAAAUGUGUUUUCUGUUUGUAAAAGCCACCCUUCUGGCAUUUAAACCAUUUAUCACUUACGGAAGGACCCACCCCCCAAAGCACAGAUUUUUCACUGCGCGUUCAAACUAGAAGGCCAUUUGUUGAGUAUAUACCUCUGCCAAUGCUGAUUGGAUAUACAUGUAACGAGAUCAGAUACAUCCAGACCAUUACCUGGAUCUGCUCGAAAUCUGUUCAUAUAUGUUAGCAUUAUACACAUGACUGUUUUUUUUAUUAUUUAUUAAGAUCUGUCCUUGAUCCGCCCCCUUUAUCGAAUCCACUCCAAAGGUUACUGGGGUCCCAUACCAACCGAAAUUGCUCUACUCCUUUCACCAGAUAUGACAUAAACACAAUGUAUUGUGGUUCAUUAUUUAAUAGUUCUUUAUGUGCAGUGUGUUCCAGUAACAAAUCUACACUUUGAAUAUUUGCUUAGUGUAAUCGCAUUUAUCUUAAAUGGUGUGAGUCAUCUCUGAGUGACGCUGAACAAUGACUAAUCCACUCAGCCCUAGACCAAGCUGUCUCUGCCAUUGAAUGCAUCGGGAGAGUUAGUCUUUACAUCUACUCUACACUUCCAGCCACCUCCUAGCUACAUAUAUUAAUCUGACCUUGAUUUGUCCUCUGGAGCUUCAGCAGCCCUCCCCAGAUACUCACUAUUGACUACACUCAUGAAUGCAAUGAAACACAGCUCUUUUAAAACAUCACAGCUAUUGAGGUUUUCUCUGUCUCUGUGGAUCACAGAAUGAGGUCUAUUGAUUGUGCAGGCCUUGAAUCAGAGUCACACUCCAUCCUUACUUGCAAGUAAUGGAAGGAGUUUGGUCUCAGGGCUGAAGCUCGGCUCCAUGUGAUUGGUUUACAAGGAGGAAAAAACAAGGAAAUACUGUUGUAAAAGUAAAUGGUCUGUAUUUAUAUAGAGCUAUUCUAGUCUUGAUGACCACUUAAAGCGCUUUACUGUACAGUUUAUUGCCACCCAGACAUUCUCAGACAUUCAUAUUGUGCAUCCAUGGGCAGCACUUUUUUCUAUGAUGGGCAAUUCGGGGUUCAAUAUUUGCCCAGGGACACUUUGGCACGCAGAUGGGGAAGACUGUGAUCAAACUACUGACCUUCUGGUUAGAGGACAACUGGUCUACCCCCUCAGCUCUGUUAGGAUAUAUAGCAUUUGACAUUACAGGUUAUUUAAUGUGAAAACAGGUCUUUUCUGUGCAAAGACAUAUUUGUUUAUAUAUUUAAACAUUUUAAUACAGUCAUUUUAAUACAAUAUUUUAUUUCCUUCAGUGGCGAUCCAUGGGUUGGACGCAGGCUUAUCAUAUCUUAAUCUCAUGUAGUUCUGCACCUCAACUAUAAACAUUAUGUUACUGUUUUCUUAUCUUCAGACAAUUUUAAAGAUGUUCUGUACAGUAUAUUGAAGAAAUGAAUCACAGGAAGUAUAAGGAAGAGGUGCCGCCUUUCUAACUUUGGACAUUGACCUUCUAAAGUGCAUGUGACUUGUUGCAAAAAGAGGGAAACACUCUGUGUGGAUAGAGAACAUCUGAAAUUAUUGGCUAUUUAGUGAGAAAACUGGUCUUUUCUGUGCAGACACUUAUUUGUUUUUUGUAUUAACACAUUAAGUAAAACCUUCAUACAUUCACUUGUAAAACACAUAUAUUAUUAUGUCAUUCUAAGGAUUCCUUAUUCUCUUAAGUUUUACAACACAAGAAAUGUGACCAAAACAUUUCUCAGAUAAUUAUCACAAAAAAGUUUUUCUGAAAGCCGUUAAAACCAACUUCGUGCUUUUCAAUAAAGCUUUAGCGGCCACUCAUUCUGACUAAAUAAUGUGCGGAUAUCAACCAGGAAAUAUCUUCCUUGAGGGCAAACCGGCACAUAUUGAAAUCGAAAAAGUGACUGGCACUUCUUCAGUGAUUCAUGCCUUGGUAAUUCACGAUUUGUCCCCCGUCAACUUAUUGCUACUUUGCCUCUGGUUAUGAGCUGCACCAGCUCGAUGGUUCAUUACCCUCUUACUCUAUGAAAUUUAAUUCUACAACAGACAGAUGACUGACCUCAGAACCUACAUAGUUCUAUUCCUUUAUCUAGAAGUACGUUUUGAGAAUUGUUUUAUUAUCUAAAAAAAACACACUGAUCUGCCAAAUAGAUUUUUUCUUGGUUCAAACACUGAUGUAGUAUGGGGCACACCGAUCUGUCAUGCCUUUUGGGGUUACCUGAAUUACAAAACAUGUUCAAUGUCUAGUGCUAAUAAAUGUUAAUAAGUGAUGCAUGGUUCUCUAACGCCUCGCCAGACGUGCUCCGAACAAACCUCCACCAAGACCUUCGCUGAAACUUCUUUUUGAUUAUUGUCUUUUUCAUAGCAAUCAGCCAUGUACAAAAUGCUAACGGUGUUCAACGAAUAUCAUUGUGUGCCUGUGUGCAAGAAACAACUGAACCCAAGUGCUCAGCCAUGUGGUGUCAUCACUUCAAAAAUAUGAACUAUAUUCUGUGUCUUAAUGGAAACUCAUCAUUUUGUGCCGCUGUGGUGCAAACGACAAUAAGUGGAAACACUGGAAACAGACCACGAUCUGUGUGGUCUUCUUCCACUGUGGGUUUUAAAAAAACUGACCAAUCCACCAAGCUGUUUAUUUUCCCUUAUCUAUACUUGCACCAUUGUAUGACAAAAUUAACAGGUUAAGGUUUCACAAUGACGUUAUUUUCACUCUCUCUCUCUCUCUCUCUCUCUCUCUCUCUCUCUCUCUCUCUCUCUCUCUCUCUCUCUCUCUCUCACCUAUCCACUGUUAAUCAGAACAAGGUUUACAGCCCUUGGCCCCAGCAUGCAACUGGUGCACCUGAGGGCCGUGCGGGCGAGUAUUAAGCAGCACCUUGCAUCAUGAGUAAAUAUUUGAUUUUGUCAAAGGGAAUAAAGGGAUUUAUUGCAUGCUUACUUUUACUGUUAAGCUGUGCUGUGCAGUCAUUCCUUUGGAUUGUAUGAUAUGCUAAUAUGCAAACCUGCAUUUGCACAAACCUCUGUUCUUGUAGUUUACCCUCUCUGUCUUGCGGUUAGGAAAAUAAAUCUCUUCAUUUAA